GAGCCCACAUGUGCAGGACUUCUCGAACAUGAUGCUCACCUGGCAGCAGUUCGCCAAGGAGCCGCUCACCGACCGCAACUUCACCUUCUGGGAGUGGUUCUACGGCGUGAUGAAGCUCACGCGCGAGCACCUGCGCGGCCCCUGGAACGACGGGUUGGUGAUGGGCUUCGUGGGCCGCCGCCAGGCUGAGGAGAUGCUGCAGCAGCGGCCGCACGGCACCUUCCUGCUGCGCUACUCGGACUCCGAGCUCGGCGGCAUCACCAUCGCCUGGGGCGCCCACGAGAGCGGAGAGCAGCAAGUGUACAUGCUGCAGCCAUUCACCAAUAAAGACUUCGCCAUCCGCUCGCUGGCGGACCGGCUGUCGGACCUGAAGCAUCUCAUCUACCUGUACCCGGACAUCAUCAAGGACCAGGCCUUCUCCAAGUACUACACGCCCAUCAACAGCAGCUCCAACACGUCCUAGCAACGGCUACGUCCGGCCGCUGCUUGUCACGCACGUCCCGGGCUGGUCCGGCCCCGGCGGCAUGGAUAGCUACCCGAACACGCCGCAGACGUUCUACUCGCCGACCUCGCCGGACAACACGAACCGUGACACGCCGUCCGUCAACUCGGCCAUCUCCGAGUCUGUCAACACGUUCCCGACGGCCGACGCCGACGCCGACCUCAUCCCCGAUAUCGCCAUUCUGGACGACAUGCCCAUGGACUUCAACAACAUCAACGACUUUCUGCAGUCGGUGGACACCAAGCCGCCCAUCUUCGGCCUCAAGCCGCCCAUGUAGGCCGGCUGGCGGCAGUGUUUCGCUGUAGUGCCGCGCGUUGGCGCCCGGUCAUGGUUCAGGUAGGCGCGAGCACCGCCCCUCGGCCUCUGAUAUUAUCGGAGUGGACGAUCGAUCGUGUCUGCCGACCGAGCCGCAGUCUACCGACGAAACAGUACAUUAAGGCUACAUGCUAAGGAGUGCCACACGUUUAGUGGUGCGUGGCCCAGUGGGUUUGGCCGCGCCCUUGGACUUUUGAACAUCUUUCAAUGCGCUUUCAACAAUUCCAUUUCCGCCUACAUGAUUUGCUUGUUAAGUCUAGCAUAACGCUUUUGUAUAGUGGAUCUCUUGGGAUUUUACCGUGUAGAACCAACCGAAAUAAUGGUUUUUAAGAGAUUUAUUCGUAAUGUGGCUUGCCGUCAGUUCACCCAUUGCGUCUCGUGUUUAAGUGGGCAAACUUGAGCGCCGUCUCUGGCGACCCCGCGUCGCUGUGAUCUACAUGUCGGGUCGACAUUGCCGUCGGCGGCGGCGGUCGCGUUCGUAGUGUGUGCUGGUGCGCACAUUUUGUUGUCCGGAGUGAGGCUGUUGUGCCGCCGCUGAGCCGGGAGAGCCGCCGCGCCGCGGCUCGUCAACCGCGCCGUGUCUCGCCGUCUGCCGCGAGUCCGCAGCGGCCCAGUGUGGGUCGCCGCUCUCCGUUUUCCGCGGCGGGCUCGGCGGCAGCGCGCCGCCGCUUCGCCCGGCGGAGGCGGUCGUGGCUCGCCCCCCAGCCUUGGAUGCCGUCCUCGCCGUGGCCGGCGGCGCCAGGCACGCCUUGCCGUAGGAUAGCUAGCGUCGCCCGCCGCGCAGGCCGCUCGGUCCAGGCUCGGCAGUGUCGAUGCCGCGCUAACAGGCUGCUGAGCCGGGCCGACCCGGCAACAUCAGCAACAACACGCGCCCAGCAGUCCUGAAUAAAGUGCACUUAGCAUUGGCCCGCCGGAACGACGGCCCUGGCACCGUACCUGACACUAUCAGAGAGCGCCGGGUUAUGACGGCCAGCGGCCGGCGGCGGGCUGCCUGCGGCGGCGGUGUCUGCUGUUUGUUGACGCUCGUUGAAGGUGUCGUGCCGUACCGCGCGGCCGGUUUUGUUGUGCGCGGGAGUUCGUGGGCCAGAUGCCCCCUGCGCCCGGGCGCGGCGCCUGUGUUGUCUUGGGUUUAAGGAGCCACUGCUUACUAAUCCAUAGUCGAACCGAUCGGUUUGCUGUUCGUUAUAGCGUUGUGACCACGUGAAAAUAGUCUGACCUUUUUUGAGAAUAUAGCUGACUGCUUUACUUCAUAUGAAGGAUUGCAACGAUACGAUU